AUGUCGCAGUGGCGUGGGCAAACAGGUCGUGGCAAGAAAGGCCACUUCCAUCUGCUGGACAGAUACAUUCGUCGCAUCGACGCCCUCCUUCCGGAGGACAUGGAGGAUCUCGUCAGGCCGCUGAGCUAUAAGCCAAACCAGGAACAGACGACCAGGACACUAAAGAUCACCUUCCCUGUCGAUCUCGUGAAGCCUGAUGGUGUUACAGAGGAGGAAGUGCGCGACUUCCUGCUUCCUCUGGAGCCAAAGUACAUAGCACUAGGCUGGCACGGAGAGGGAGGUGCAGAGGUUUUCGUGAUGUUCGAGACCAACGAAGAAUGCAGAAGUGGAAGGAAGCUAGACGGCCAAAGGCUGAACGGCCGCCUUGCCCAAGUGCGUUUCUCUGUCGACAACAAGUUCCGUCGGGUCAUGGAAGAUCUCGGCAAUUGGCCCACGACCGGUGAUCGGGAGCCUUUGGCCGCAGAGAAGCUGACGGAUCAGGAGCUGGAGCAGUUGGAGACGGUGUCUGAUGGCCGCGGCGAGACGGCCUAA